AUGAAGAAGAACCAGAAUGCCAACAACAUGUCAUUCAUUGAUGAAACUAGUAAUGUUACAAAGAAAGCAAAAGUGAAAAAGAGAAAUAAGGAAUUGAAAAUUAAACAAUCGAGAUUGAGAAAACCAUUACAAAAUGAUAAUUUACUGAAAAAUUACUUUGAAUUUGAUAAGCAACAAUUAACAGAAAGUGAUUUAACUAUUUACAAAAUUAUUAAUCCACCAAAUGCAUCUACUGACAAUACUUUUUCAGAAAAUAUUACAACUUGCUCGAAUGCAUCAUCAUUAUCAUCAGGUACUAGUGAAAAUGUAAAGGAUACAAUUAUUACAAAGGUUAAAUGCAAAACUAUGAAUAAUACUAAUAAUUUGAAUCAACAUGCAUCUAGUAAUAUUGAAUAUUCAUCAUCAUCACUAACAAUCAACAAUAGUAGUGGUGGAAGCAGUAGUAGUGGAAGCAGUGAUAAUACUUCAAAAGAAGAAGAAGAAGAAGCAGUAGAAUUUGAUGAUUGUGAAAGCUUUCUCAGUUCAAUUUCAUUCCUUUACAAUUAA